CAAAACGAAAUUCUGACAUAAAAACAACACUAUCAGCUGACUUUUAUAAAAGCCAUUAAGCAAUAAGCAAAGAACUGAACUGACUUUAAAAUAAUUUGUUUUUCUUUACUAGUUUCUGUUAUACGUAAGACUAGAACGUUAUUUAUGCAUUACGUAUUUCGGUUGGGUUAUUCAAGAUCAAUGAGUACAGCAGGGAUAAUUGCAAAUUCUAUAAAAACGAAGCUUGAAAAUGUUUUGCAAACGAAACACUUAGAAGUUAUUAAUGAGUCCUAUAUGCACAAUGUCCCGAAAGGUGCAGAGACACAUUUCAAAGUUGUUGUUGUUUCCGAUAAGUUCGAUGGAUUAGCUUUAAUAAAGAGACAUCGGCUAGUUAACGAUAUACUGAAAGAGGAAUUACAAAAUGGUGUUCAUGCUUUGUCCAUUGUAGCGAAAACCCCACAGCAAUGGGCAGAGAGUGACAAAGUUAUUGAAAGUAGCCCUAAUUGUAGAGGUGGAUUUGGCAAAUAAAACCCUAUAUAUAUAAAUUUGUUAAUAUUUUAUGAAUAUUAGAAUAAAAGCUAUUAUAUAAGUA